GGCCCUUCUGCCGUGAAAAGGAAGAUGAAGUGAGCGGCGGUCCGCCGACACUGAACCAGAUCUGAACCGAGUCUGACUUCCAGCGGUAUGGCGGCAGAGCGGCUGCUGACGGACAGGAGCCCGAGCUCAGCUGCUGUUCUCCGGCCUUGAACCCGACGCGACCGCCGCUGGAGCCGCGGAGCUCCGGAGCCUGGAGGAGCGGCGGGUGGAGCUGCAGCCUGCCGGGCCGGGCCGGGCCGGGCCGAGCCGAGCCGCUGUCACCUCCCUCUACUGCUAACGAUGCUCAGCUAGCUGCAGGACUGAAGCCUCGACAGCACCGCACCCUGAAAUCAGACCAGAUCUCUCUCCCCCCCCACCCCCACCCUCCGCCCCCCAGUGUCCCUGCAGCAUGGAGCGCUCCGGCAGCAUCCAGCUGGACAUCCCGGACUUCAGUAACUCGGUUCUGACCCACUUGAACCAGCUGCGUGUGCAGGGCCGUCUCUGUGACAUCGUGGUCAACGUUCAGGGUCAGAGCUUCCGCGCACACAAGGUGGUCCUCGCCGCCAGCUCGCCGUACUUCCGGGACCACAUGUCUUUGAGCCAGAUGAGCACCGUGUCGCUGACGGUGAUCAGGAACCCGUCGGUGUUCGAGCAACUGCUGUCCUUCUGCUACACCGGCCGCCUCUGCCUGCAGCUGGCCGACAUCAUCAGCUACCUGACAGCCGCCAGUUUCCUGCAGAUGCAGCACAUCAUCGACCGUUGCACUCAGAUCCUGGAGGGCAUCCACCUGAAGAUCAGCCUGGCUGACCUGGAUGAGGAGUCCAGGGAGGAGGAGGCGCGGGGCUCCAGGAGCAGCAGGACCCUAGAGGCGGUGUUCCGAGGAGCAGGCCAUCACGGCGGCCUGCGGCUCCUCGGCCCACGGGGAGGCGCGGAGGCCUGCGAGGCGGUGAGCCCCAUUGAGGGGCCCAUCAGUCCGCCGCCAACUGUGGAGCACAGUGGGCUGGAGGGGCCCGGGGCCGCCACCACUGGCCGAGCAGGCAAAGAACCGAUCCUUCGCAUCAACCGGGCCGGUCAGUGGUACGUGGAGACGAGCAGCGAGCCGGAGCGAACCGGCAGCGCUGAGGAGGGCGGUGGCAUGGAUGGAGUCAGGAUCAAGACGGAGAGGAUGGAGGAGUGGAUCGGAGCAGGAGAGCACCAAGAGGAGGGGGGGCCGGUGGAGGAGGGGGCCACUGUGAUGAUCGACACAUCGGGACGCAGCACGUUGGUGACAGGGGCGGUGGGAGCGCUGGGGGCCCGGAGCAUCCAACCGUCUUCCAGCUUCAGUGAGACAGACAGGUUCAGUCCCACCGGCAGCGUGGUCGUCCUGGCCGAGCGCCAGAGAGCGAAGAGCGAGUCUCCCAACAGGCCGCAUGAACUGCGACAGCCGAGCUCCCAGGGGGAAGAACACGCUGCAUUUGAUAUGGGCGGCUACGAGGACUACCUAAGGGAGCAGGUAGGAGACCGAUGGUUCCGCUACAAUCCCCGGCUCACCUGCAUCUACUGCUGCAAGUCCUUCAACCAGAAAGGCAGCCUGGACCGCCACAUGCGCCUGCACAUGGGCAUCACGCCGUUCGUCUGCCGCAUCUGCGGGAAGAAGUACACCCGCAAAGAUCAGCUGGAGUACCACAUCCGCAAGCACACAGGAAACAAGCCCUUCCACUGCCACGUCUGUGGCAAGAGCUUCCCCUUCCAGGCCAUCCUCAAUCAGCACUUCCGCAAGAACCACCCGGGCUGUGCCCCCCAAGAGGCCCACAGCGCUUCCCCCGAAACCACCACCGCAUCUGUCACGUCCAGGGGGGGACCGAGCGACGAGGCCUCCCCCAGCCAGGAGGAGCCGGAGGGCGGGGGCAAUGGUGGUGGGAGCAGCGGUGGUGGAGGCCAGUAUGGCGAGGGUCCCCAGGCCUCGGUCUCCACCACAGGGCCCGACUGACCCCGAGAGGUGGAGGGGUGUGGGGUCGAGGUCGGGGUGGGGGGAGACAGACGUGGGGGUCUGGUCUGAUCCCAGUGUAGCUGCAGACAACAGGAACCCGCUGAAGUCAAAGCAGCGACAGACAGAACUCUCAGAGUCCGGACUGAGAUUUUUCUGCUUUAAACCGCAUCUACCUUCACUAACCAAACCGAACAGAUUAAGCUAAAAUGAAGAAAUGCCACACAGUCCAACAACCUCAUACACCACACACCGUGGUUCUCGUUUGCCUCCGUCUAGUUUGUUCUGUUACAGAUUUCUAAUUUUAUAUUUACAAGUAUUACAGGUUCACAACACAGCUUCACAACAGUCUGUCUGGUGGAAACUUUGCCAAACUUCUCAGUGCCAGUUCAACACUUCAAAUCCUUCAUAUUUGCCUUGAGACAAUCUGGAGCAGUCGGGUUCAUCAUAAUAAUCCUGCAAGUUCUUCAAGUGCCACAACGGCCAAAAAGAUUUAGUUGCACAAAAAGAUGAAAUGAGAAAACGAUGUUCAGCUCCAGUGUGAUCAGAGUUUCUAUAAAACUUCAUGUUGUGAAUCUUGAAGCGACACUUGUACACUACAUACCUUAUCAAGACAGCUGUUCUCACAUCCUCUACACCGCACCUCACUCCUGACACAAGAGCUUUUUCUUUUCUCCUUUUACUAAGCGGUUCAGUUUGUAAAACUUAACAGCACAGCAUUUAAAUACAUCACUGAUUAAUCUUCAGGUUAGUUUCUUGAUUAAUUCAUUUGUGUUUUCAUCUAUAAAAAAACACAUUCAGACUGAUUGUUCCAUUUACAUAAAGAAACAGUGAAUCCUCAGUUUAGAGGCUGCGACUAGAAGUUGUUUGAAAGGGACUUCCAGACUCUAUCUCUGGAUAAACCGAUUGAUGGUUAAACAUUUUCAGCUUUAAUAUUGUUUGUCAUUUACUUUGUCCUGGAUUCAUUCUGGUCCAGAAAACAUAGUCACACAGGUCUGAACUGGAUCACCAACACGUCAUGAACGAGCGACGAGACCUAGAUAGAUAGAUAGAUAGAUACUUUAUUUAUCCCCUAGGGGAAAUUCAUGACCUGGUCACCAACAAGUGAAAAAUUAAUUGAAAUAGACAGAAUUCCUGUCAGUUUUAAUAAGUAUCAGGCUGCAGGGACAGUCUGGUUCUGGUUCUGGUUCUGGUUCUGGUCCCAAUGAACCGAAGCUUAAAAUAUUCCAUAAAAAAGAAACACACCAUCAGUUGGGAAAUUAAAGUUCAGCUGAUGUAUUAAAUACAAAACAAACUGAGAUUUCACUUUUUGGAAAGAUGUCUUAUAUUGAAAAACAUUUAAAAUCUGCAUUAAAUGGUCUAGACGUAAGGUCCAGUUUCCCAGAGCUUUCGUCUGUAUCUCACAGCCUUCUUCAGAGAAUGGAACUUGCUCAGGUCUCACAUGACCUAAGUCGGACAUAUGAUUAAUGGUCGCACCUGGAGGGACCUUGCAACCAGUCCAUGUUCUAGAGCUGUUCAACAAACCCCUGAAGAAGACCAUGAGAUGCAUUACAAAAGCUCCAGAUAGUGAUAAAGACGUGUCCCCAGGUGCUUCAUGCAGGAGAGACAGUUAAAAGCUGAACUCUGAUCACACUGGAUGAACUGAUUAAUCUGGCUGUAAAUUGUGUCUAAAUUCUUCAGAUUGGAGUCGAGACAGUUGGACUCAGUUUUAAGGAUCUGGUAUCGAACCAUCCGGCAGCCUGUUGACUGAACAGACUCACAGCAGGAAACAACUGGACGGCGUCCAGCCUCAGAUAAGCUACACAGCUCAGUUACCUCUCAUCACUACGCAAUAUAGCUGCUGCACUGCAUAGCACAGCACCACCGGGGGGCGCUCUGAUCCACUAACAGAGAUCUCCGUCAGUCUUUUUAGUCAGAUAUUUUUAUAAACAAGCAUGUCUUUAUUGUUUUCUUGUUUUUUUUCUUGGACACUUUUUUGCUCUGACAAUGUGUGAGACAGAAGAUGAGCUUUGAGGUCGAGGAGACGUGUCGAGACUUGAUCACUGACUUCUGUCGCAGUUAAUGACGCAUUGAAUCUGCUGCACGUCACUCCAGACCUGGUCCAGUUACAGAGAAAAACCACAGGUCUAAAACAGAGGCUUCAGAUAAGAACUGCACCUAAUGAUUAUUGUCAUUAUUGAUUAAUCCGCAGAUUAUUUUCUGAUUCAUCCAUUUGUUUAUAAAGUAUCAGAUCCUCAUAUUUAAAUCAAAAAAUUAAUAAAACAUUGUAAGAUUAUCAAAACAAAUGUCAAUUUAAUUUUCAAUUAAUCAACUAAUGAUUGAUUGAUAGAUAAUUGAUACUUCUUUACUUCCAGUCCAGUCAGGUAGAACACACAGAAAAAGAUAACUGCCAUUGUCAAAACUGAGGCAUGUUAUGCUAACAUUAGCUUGCUAACAGUUUUUGCUGACUCGACAAAAAACUGCUUCCCCACACCAUAGUAUCUCCACUGCUAAUGGAGCUAACAUCUGGGAGCUAGUUAGCUUUUAGCUGAUGUUGACUAUUUAACAUUAGCUAACAUCAAUUCUCCUCAGUCAAGCACACAGGAAAUUAGCAUUAUGUACAAAUUAUAUUUCUGUGGUUCAUUGCAGUUGACUAUUUAACAUGACUUAAGAGCGAUGUCUCUAAAACAGACACAAAAGAAAAUCAACAUUAGCUUACAAACUAACAGAUUUUUUGCUGACUCGUAGCACAGAGCAAUAACACGUUCCACACUGCUAAAAGAGCUAACGUGUGUAAGCUAACUGAUGCUGACUAUUUAACAUUAGUGAGUUUUAGUUUCCUGAGUCACACUAAAUCAACAUUAGCUCACAAGCUAACACAGGUUUUGUCUUUUACACAUCGAGUAAAAUUGUAUUCAAGUCAUUAAACAUCACAGACCUGCUGCUUUGACUCUUAGCUGACUUUAGUCAACUGAAAUUUAACAGUUGAAAACAGUAAAAACUUAAAAGCUUAACUAAAUCUUAAGUAGACUCUGUUAAUAGUAGAGUUAUGUAGAUGCAGAUUUUUUAUAGAAGUUUUAUAUUUAAUCCAUGUUUCCUGAUUUCAGAUGGAGAUGAAAACAGGAACAGGAUGAGAGAAGUCCAAUACUGAGAAAGGCCCAGGAAAUGUUUUGCCAAUCUUAGCACAAAGACAGGAAGCAGGGGGAAACUGUUAGCUUAGCUACAAGAAAUGAGAAAACUUCACAAUAUUUUCAGUGACAAUAUGUUCACUUUAGCUCUCUGGCUAAUGUUAGCUUGCCAGCUAACAGACAGUUAGCUUUUCCAAUGAGGAUGCAGUUUUCAUAUAAUGAUGUUUAACAUUGUUUUUUUGUAUUCAACUAACAACCAUUUUAAUUAUUGAUUAAUCUGAUUGAUCAAUAAAUUGUUUUGUUUUUGAAAUAUCAUGAAAUAGUGAAAAAUUAAUAUAAUAAUCUCCCAGAGAUCGUUCAUCAAAAAUUCAGAAGUUUCUGUUUGAAGUGCUCAUUAAUGAUGAAUCGAUUAUCAGACUAUCACUGGAGACUAUUUUCCUUUCAUCACCUGAUCGGAUCGAACAGUCUGUAGUAUUUUCACUGUGACCUCUGACAGGUGAACGUGCAGCAGAGUUCAUGCGUCAUUGAUGACAGUCAUGUGAUCUGGUAGCGUCAGGACAAGGAGCCAGACCCAGUCAGACCAGAUGGAUGUAGUAGCCAGGCUGUGGAGCUGGAUCUUAAAAACCCUCCAGAGGUCAAAGUUCACCUGCUGGAGGUAGGAAGCAGGAAGCAGGUCAGACCGCCUGGCAACCAAAGGAAAGAGGAUGCGGCCACAUUGGCCCUCCAAAACUCCAAAACAACUUGAGCACUUAUCAGAGACGGAGUCCGAACAGAAACUUUUUAUAAACAGAACAAUGAAAAAUCAACAUAUUAUCAGACAAACAUAUUUAAACUACUAAGAUGUUUUUGCAUAUGAAUAAUGUAAAGAAGCUAGGAGCUGAGGUGGGAGGUAGGUCGGCAGGUAGCACACGGAUCGGCUGUUACUGUUUUUCUACAGAGCUGUGAAUCAGAUUUUCAGUGGCCACUCAGUUUUUUAUGCAAGUGAAGGCAGCGGCUCUGUCCUCACUCCGGCUGGCUGGACUCCAGUUUCCCUCCCAGAUCGCACGGCCACGCUCACUCUUCAGGCUAAACCAGGAACUAUCAGGUAUAGAUACUCUUCUUUUAUUCAGUGAACCGGACAUUUACCUUUCCCCACGUAGCAGAAUGCUAACGGCUUAACCUCAGUGCGAAAAAUCAAACUCACCUGUAAAUAAAAAUGGCAGCAGGUAAGAAAUCCCUGCAGGUCACUGCAGAGGACGACAACACACAAACCAGGGCCGGGCAAUACGAACAGAAACUAGUCCUCAACCACAAGACCUCCUCUAGUGUCCCACAAGAAAUCCUGGUCUGUGAUUGGCUGGCAGGGAGUCAGGGACACACUGACACAGUUUGGUCAGUUCAGUUGUUUGUGGUGACCUUUCACCUCCGCUCUGUCCCUCAUCCUCCUCAUCCUCAUGAGUCAGGAACCUCAGUGUGACAUCACAGCAGCUGAUCGUGUGACAUCACAGCUGAUCUCAGUCCAGUCACCUGCUGCAGGAAUAUUAACUGACACAAACAGAAUCAGGAAACAAACUCAUUUUAAUAUUUAACACACAAGUGAAAACACUAUUCAGAGAAAUCUAAUUGUGAAUUAAGUCUUUGUGCACAAAUCUUAAGUAGAUUAUUGAUUAAUCUGCUGGGUGAUUAAUCAUUCAGAAAACAUCACGGGUUCCCGAGUCACUGUGACGUCUUCACUGCUCUGCUCUGUCAGAACCUCAGACAUCUGUAGUUCACCACCAUGUUUAUUACCUUAUAUAUUGAUUGAUUAUUAUCAGCAGCUGCUGAAUGAUUUUUUUUUUUUUUAUCAGUUAAUGGGUGAAUUGUUUAAUCAGUU